UUAAAACAAAUAAUAUUGAUCGGCGGCACCAGCGGCCAACGUCCAACUGUCCUCGUCAGAAGAACCUUACGACGUCGUAUUUAGGUUUUCUGACUGAGCGGGCAAGUAUAGUGUGUAACGCACACCGCGCAAAAUCGUCGAUCGUCCUCUACGCCAAAUUAACAACACGAAACCCUACAAUCUCCAUUUUUUGCGACCGUAUAUAUCAAAUACACAUACUGAAGGAACCCAGAAGUAUUUUAUUCUUAUGUGUGUGUAUUUGUGUUUGCGAAUCGAACCGAUUUCUAUAAUAAUCGGUAGAUAUGGAAGAGGAUAGUGAUUUGGAGCACGUUACGGGAAGUCCGACAGCUGGAGAGAGUGGAUUUGUUCAUGUAGAGUCGAUUAAUUCGGCUUCAAUGGAUGGUAGCGCAAUUAUUCAGGAUGAUGGGGUAGUGGUAACAAGAGUAGAUGCUGUACAAGAUGAGUCAAGUGAUUUAAGAAUGACUGAUGAUGGGGGCAAUGAAGAGUUUGUAGAUUGUCCAGAUGACUUACUUUCCUAUGAUGGAAGGACUGAUUUUGAUGAAAGUCAGGAAGCUGAAGAAGUAGUUUCUGAAGAUCAUCAACAUAGUUUAUUUGACAGUGAACAUCAAAUCUUGCCACACCAUUAUCAGGAAGAAAGACAGCAGUUGAUGACAGAAUUGACUAAUCUCCGCCAUAAGCUGAAGAUUCUUAUCAAGAAACAUCCAUUGAUUGAUGGAAAAGAUGGUGCUCUGUUUACUUAUGAACUUGCAGCAGCAGCAGCAGUGGGUGAUGACAAGUCUUUGUGGCCUCUGCAUGAGAUGAUCUUUGACUGCUCUAGGUUUAUUGAGCUUGCUUUAGGUGAACAAUCACAGACUGAGCACACAGUCAGAGAACUCUAUGCCACUAUAGACACAAAAGAUAAAGAAAUCAAUGAUCUUAAUGUAAAGAUCUUUGAAUACUCCUCUGUUGAGACCACAACAGAUAGAAUUUUAUCUUCACUUGCACAUGCCCUUGGUGUAGAAGAAUCUGUGCAUACAUCUGUUAGUGAUAAAAUGUUACAUCUUGAAAAAAGUAUCUCCCUUUUAAUUGGAAACCAAAAUCACUUCCUUUCAGAAAUUGAGAUGCUCAACCAGUGUUUGACAGAGCUGAAAAGGAAAGAACUUGAGUUGACCCAUAAAAGUAGUCAUAUAGAAGAUGAAUACAGGAAACUGAUGGAACAUUUUGAGAGAGGUAGAGAAGCCAUUAAGAUGUUGAAUUCAGAGAUUGGAAGGCUGAAAGGGGAAGUUGAAGUAGAGAAGACAAGGUAUAGUAAUACAAGAGAAAAGCUUAACCUGGCUGUGACCAAAGGGAAGUCUUUGGUUCAACAACGUGACUCAUUGAAGCAAGCAGUUGUAGAAAAGACAAGUGAAUUAGAGAAAUGUUUACUUGAAUUGCAAGAGAAGUCAAGUGCCCUGGAGGCUGCUGAGUUAAGAAAAAACGAGAUGCUACAGUUUGAAACUUUAGCUAAUUCACUGAAAGACCAAUCUUUUAAGCUACAAGAUGAAAUUAACACAAUGAAAGAGGCUGAAAGUGUGAAAAUCGAUCGCCUAACAGUAUCACUGUUGAUAGAAGCUCUGGAGAAGAAGUAUCUUGAAGAUGAGUUUGCAGAUAUGACACACAAGUUUGAAGAUUUUGUCAAGAAAGAGAAGAUGGAUGGGUUGGAGCUGGAUAAAUGCUCGAGUAAGAUAGCUGAGGUUUCUGAAGAACUUUGUGUGUUAAAGGAUACGAAUGGAUGUCUGAAAAUUGAUCUUCAAAGAUCCGAGGAUAAAGUUGGUUUAUUGAAGGAAAAGUUAUCAAUGGCAGUUAAAAAGGGUAAAGGUUUGGUUCAAGAGCGUGAGAUAAUGAAGAAGCAAAUAGCUGAAAAGAAUGCUCAUAUUGAGGCAUUAAACCUUGAAUUGAAAAAUCAAGAAGAUCAGAUUAGUAAGUUGUCAAGUGAUGUGGAACGGAUAAUAAAGCUGGAAUCUGAUCUCCUACAUUCAAAAGAAGAAAGGGAUCAAAUUGAGCAAUUCUUAGUUGAGAGCAAUACCAUAUUACAACAGGUAAUUGAUGCAACUAAUGCGAUUGUUCUUCCAAAUGAUAUAAACGAUCCAGUUGAAAAGGUGAAGUUGUGUGCAGCAUAUUUAAAUGAAUGCCAGGUUUCAAAGGCACAAGUAGAACAGGAGUUGAGAGAUGUAAAAAAUGAAGCCCUGAAAACCACAAAAUCCCUUGAAGAUGCAUUAUCUAUUUCAGAAAAAAACAUGUCUCAGUUAAAUGAAGAAAAGAUAAAAUUGGAAAAUCUAAAAACUCGUAUUGAAGAGGAAUUACACAAUGCAAAGGAGGAAUCCUGCAGAACUAUAAAGUCACUUGAGGAUACAGUGUCUCAGUUACAGACACAUAUGUCUCAGUUUUCUCAUGCAAAUGAGACGACACAAAAUAACAUAAAUUUAUUAGAAAGUGAAAUAAAGAAGCUGAAAGAUGAAGCUGCAUAUCAUGAGCAUAAGUUCAUGGAUGCCUCUGAAACUAUCAAAACAUUAGAAGACACAUUGCUGAAGGCCAACAACUCUGUUUCCAAUCUUCUUGAAGAAAAGAAGAAUGCUGAACAAGAAAUUUCAAACCUCAGGGAAGAGUUGACAUGCAAGACAGAUGAUUGGCCUUCUGAGCUCUCGAGCUUUCUUGAAAAUCUUCAAAUGUUAUUGAAAGAUGAAACUUUGUUGAUCUUGUUCAAGCAAAGUAAUGAGAAAAAGUUUGAAACCUUUAUAAAAAUGGACCAUUAUCUUAAAGAUAUGAAGGGUUAUUUAGAUUCAGAAGAGCUUCAAGAUUAUCCUGAUAUUGAGGAAAGAUUCCAGUUAUCAACUCUUUUCAACAAUGUUCUCAACACUGAGACAACUAAUAGCAAUGAAGCAGAUGCUGCGAAUAUUAAAUCAUAUGCAGGAAAGACUUUGGAAAAGUUAAAUUUAAGAAACCAGAUUCUCACUGAUGAAUUUAUCCGGUUCUCUACAUUCAUUGAUGAGCUAACUACAUCCUUGUUAACAAAACUGGAGGCAAUAAACAACAUUAUGCCGAUUACACUUGAACACACAAAAACUUUGCAAAAAAAUGUUGAUGAUUUGCAGAUUGAUAAACAAGUACAGGAGGAAAAAAUGUUAUUAAUCUCCACCGAAAUAAAAGAAUUGCAGUCUGAAUUAGAGAAAACCAGGUCAAUAUAUGACAAAGUCAAAGAAGAAAAUGACAUGUUACAACACAGAGUUUCUAAGAUGGAAACCGAGUUAGAAGCAUCUCAAACCAUGAGGGGCGAAAUGGGCAUUAAAUUACAAGAUUUCCAGGCAAAAGAAGAUGAGUGGAAUAGAAGAGAAGCAGAGUUAUCUAAGCAACUAACUGAAUUUGCCAAAGAUCAUGAGGCUGAAAAUAAAAAAGGUCCGACUGAAGCAUCUCCAUUAGCUCCACAGUCAGAGAUAUCAGAAGUUGAAGAUCCAGUAUCAAUUGGGAAACGGAGCAUGUCUUUGGUGAGAAGUUCACGUAGGGGAUCAAAUGACCAUCUUGCCCUCAACAUCGAUCAAGAGUCUGACAAUUUAAUUGAUAAACAAGAAACUGUUCAAGACAAAGGUCAUAUAUUCAAGUCGUUGCAUACAUCUGGUCUUGUGCCAACACAAGGGAAGAUGAAGAUGGUUGCAGAUAGGCUUGAUGGAAUGUGGGUUUCAGGUGGGGGUGCUUUGAUGAGUAGGCCAAGGGCAAGGUUGGGUCUUAUAGCUUAUUGGGUUGUGUUGCAUUUAUGGCUUGUGACCACUCUUUUAUGACCAGUAAUAACGGAGAUCAGCUUGUACAUUGUACCAUAGAGAUAUGUAUAUAACAAGAUUCGACACAAUCAACAUUUACACAUAAAUGUUACAAUUGGAAUAAGAUAUAUAUAUCCUUCAUGUACAACAUUAACACAUGAAGGACUUGAAUAAUGCAAUAAACUAGUUGGAAUA